CAAUGAAAUAUCCGGUGAUCUUCACGGCGACAGCGACAUAAAUAGAUGUUAUGUCAGUAAAGGUGUGAUAUGAGUCAGCUGCCAUGAAGUGCAUACUGUUGACAAGCAGACUUGGCUUGAUUAGACAUUCAUGUCUCUUUAAUCGUACAAACCUAGUCAGACAAACCCAGGCAGCAUAUGCAACUAAGCUAAAGCGUCAUGAGUUUGUGAAUAUUACGCAUUAUGACACUCUAGGGAUAGGCAGAGAUGCCACAACAAAGGAAAUUAAGGAAGCUUUCAUCACUUUGUCGAAAAAGCAUCAUCCUGACGUAAACAAAGAAGACUCUACAGCUACAGCAAGAAUUUCUGCCAUAAAUGAUGCCUACUCAUGUCUAACUGAUGAAAAACUUCGUAAAAUAUAUGACACAGUCACAUUUGGGUCUACAUUUAAGGAACAUGAUUAUUAUGUGCCUGAAAGACACCCUGGUGAAAAUGAUGAAACUUACAAAUCAAGAUUUCAAAAUGAACAUGCUGUAGCCUGGUAUUUACACACUUUGAGGGAUAGGACUCCAAAUACACAAUAUGCAAGGAAAAUAUUUUACAGAGAUGUAAAAAUUCUUGCAGCCAUUAUGAUUGGUCUCCAUAUCUUAUUCCUUUUAUCUUCCUUUGAUGACGACCCAAAUUUACGUAAAAGGGCCUAUAGAAAUGCGUAUGAUGACUACAUAAUGGGACGAACUUCAGAAUCAGCAGACAGUCAGUACAUCAAUGAAUACUUUAAGGAACAGUAUAAGGAAAAAUGAACUCCAGAGAAACUCUAAACCUAGUAAAAUUGUUAUUUCUUGUAGGAUAUCUAUGCGUCAAUGAGUCCAUGUCUGGUAAUAAGCCUACCUAAAUCAAGCUGCACAGAAGAAUUAGUGAUCAGUGGUAUUUCAGUCCAUCCUCGCAGUGAGAGGUUGUAUCGGCUGUAUGGGCUUAUUGUCCUGUAAUAAGCCCACAUCCGGACUUUGAGUGAGAGGUUAUGUGUUAGCUGUAUGGGCUUAUUGUCCUGUAAUAAGCCCACACCCGGACUUUGAGUGAGAGGUUAUGUGUUAGCUGUAUGGGCUUAUUGUCCUGUAAUAAGCCCACACCCUGACUUUGAGUGAGAGGUUAUGUGUUAGCUGUAUGGGCUUAUUGUCCUGUAAUAAGCCCACACCCGGACUUUGAGUGAGAGGUUAUGUGUUAGCUGU